AUGUCCGCCUCGCCAUCCAAUCUCCAGUCAACCAAGCGUCCCCUCGAGGAUCCUUCUUCCCCAUCGGGUCCGAAUGAUCAGCCUGAAGCCAAACGUCCGGCGCUGGACAAAGUAGUUCGGAGCGAUGAUGAUAGCAAGAUUGCUGAAGCUGAGGCUCAUGUGGAUGUUAAGAGCGAAUUUGGCUCUGAGGUCGCUGCUCAUAAUGGUGCUAAAGACACACAAGGUGACACCGUCGUUCCUGACGCCCCCAACGGCAAAGCAGCGCAUGGCAACGCCCUCGAGACACAACCGAUUCAGUCGACUGCUUCCCACGCCGACCGGGCCGGCUCUCAGUCCGACCAGGGCCGUUCUCAACAAGACGAAUCCAACUGGAUUCAUAUUCGUGCGGUGAUCUCCAGCCAGGAGGCUGCGACCGUAAUCGGGAAAGGUGGUGAGAACGUGUCCCAGAUUCGUCGUUUGUCGGGGGCCAAGUGCACCGUCAGCGAUUAUUCUCGUGGCGCUGUAGAACGUAUCUUGACCGUCAGCGGCCCCCAGGAUGCCGUUGCCAAGGCCUUUGGACUGAUUAUUCGUACCCUUAACAACGAACCCCUCGAUUCCCCUUCCACUGCCCAAUCCAAAACCUAUCCUCUUCGUCUUCUGAUCCCCCACAUUUUGAUCGGAUCCAUCAUCGGCAAAGGUGGUGUGCGAAUCCGUGAGAUCCAGGAAGCCUCUGGCUCUCGUCUGAACGCCUCGGAUGCAUGCCUUCCCUUGUCUACCGAGCGGUCGCUCGUCAUUCUUGGCGUUGCCGAUGCGGUUCACAUUGCCACAUACUAUGUCGCGGUUACUUUGGUUGAGCAGCUCACCGACCGAUUUGGAGGCCCCGCUGCGUCGGCCUACGCGACGCGCAGCGGCGGUCCUGCUGGAGCCGUUCCCGGCGGCAUGCAGGUGGUUCCCUAUGUUCCCCAACCCGCGGGUGGCCAGUAUGGGCACCCGGAUACCUUCAAACGCCAUCACGCCCACCCUAACCGUGCUGCUGCGGGUGCCUACGGCGUCCCAUACCUUCAUGGGCAACCUACACCGGCGCCCGUCGCUCAGCCGGCGCUUCACUAUGGGGGCGGUGCUCCUCACACGCCCUAUGCUGGCACUGGACCACACCAGCCUGUCCCGUACGGCGGCGGGCCGCAACCUGCCCAACCUGCCCGAGGCGCUGCCCCAAGUGCCACUCCUGUCGGUGGUGUGAUGCCCGGACAACCCAUGACGCAGCAGAUCUACAUCCCCAACGACAUGGUCGGUGCGAUUAUCGGUAAGGGCGGAGCCAAGAUCAACGAGAUCCGCCAUCUCAGCGGCAGUGUGAUAAAGAUCAACGAGCCCCAGGAGAACAGCAACGAGCGGUUGGUGACGAUCACUGGUACACAAGAAUGCAACCAGAUGGCUCUAUACAUGUUGUAUUCGCGACUUGGUGAGUAA